AUGGCCGCCGUGAGUUUGAGUUUCAAUCUAGUGAGCGCGUUCAAAGGCCUUUCCGUUGGUUCCAGCUCCUCGUCGUCCUUCUUCGGUUCGAUUCACAUCAGCCAAAACGUCGCCGUUUCGUUCCCGAUCAAGCCGUCGCUGACGAUUUUGGCGGCGCACAAGAAAGGAGCUGGUAGCACUAAGAACGGCCGUGAUUCACCGGGGCAGCGGCUUGGGGUCAAGAUCUUCGGCGACCAAGCCGCGAAGGCCGGCUCCAUUAUCGUCCGCCAACGUGGCACCAAGUUUCAUCCAGGGAAAAAUGUAGGGCUCGGCAGGGAUUACACUAUUUUCUCCUUGAUAGAUGGACUCGUCAAGUUCGAGAAGUUUGGACCUGAUAAGAAAAAGGUAAGUGUUUAUCCACGGGAGGUGCAACCUGAGAAUCCCAACAGCUAUAGAGCACGCAAGAGGGAGUCCUUCAGGCUUCAACGUGAAAGAAGAAGGGCGAGAAGAGAAGGCAUCGAAUAUGAACCACAAUUGGUGCUUGCUUCCUCAUCUGAAGCCUAUGAGGAUAGCCUUGCUUGCUAG